ACUCACUCACUCACUCCACUCUCUUUCUCCCUCUCUCUGUCCCUCUCAAGAGCACACGCAACAACAUGCACCCGGGCACCUCCGUCGCUGCGGUGGUCUGUGCGGCUGCUGCGCUGCUCAUCAGCAAUGGCUGCCUCUCCAUGGCCAUGGUAGAGGACAAGAUCACAGCGCUGCCGGGGCAGCCACCGGUGAGCUUCGCGCAGUACUCCGGAUACGUGGAGGUGGACGCCAUGAGGAAGAGGUCGCUCUUCUACUACUUCGCCGAGGCAGAGCUAGAUCCGGCCACCAAACCCCUCGUCCUCUGGCUAAAUGGAGGACCCGGAUGUUCAUCUGUGGGGGUGGGAGCAUUCUCAGAGAAUGGGCCAUUCAGGCCCAGUGGCAAUGCCCUUGUGGGCAAUGAGUAUAGCUGGAACAAAGAGGCCAACAUGCUCUAUCUGGAGAGCCCUGCAGGGGUGGGCUUCUCCUACUCCACUGAUCCUUCCUUCUAUGGGGGUGUUGGUGACAGCAUGACAGCCAGGGAUAAUUUAAGGUUCUUGGAAGGCUGGUUUGCCAAGUUCCCACAGUACAAGGGCAGGGACUUGUACAUCGCAGGAGAGAGCUAUGCUGGCCACUACGUUCCGCAACUAGCGCAGCGCAUGGUUGAAUUCGACAACAAGGAGAAGCUGUUCAAUCUGAAAGGCAUUGCUUUGGGCAAUCCUGUUCUCGAAUUCUCGACUGACUUCAACUCAAGAGCCGAGUUCUUCUGGUCACAUGGGCUGAUAUCGGACUCAACUUACAACAUCUUCACGACGGUUUGCAACUACUCACGGUAUGUGAGCGAGUAUUACCACGGCUCCAUCAGCACGGUUUGCGACAGGGUGAUGAGCCAAGUGACCAGAGAGACGAGCAGAUUCGUGGACAAGUACGAUGUCACCCUGGACGUCUGCAUUUCUUCGGUGUUGAUGCAGUCCCAAGUGCUCACCCCAAGCCCAAAUGUAUCGUUUUUCAGCAUUACCUUUGCUAAGGAGAUGUAUGUAACCCUGUCAUUGACGGACAAUUUUUUGCAGUCUACCGAGCAAUUGAACAGGGCGCUCGACGUGUGCGUCGAGGACGAGACGAUGAACUACCUCAACCGAAAAGAUGUGCAAAAGGCAAUGCACGCUCAGCUCAACGGCGUGCCCAAGUGGACGGUCUGCAGCAGUGUUCUUGAGUACAAACAGCUGGACCUGCAGAUCCCGACCAUCAACAUCGUCGGCGCGCUCGUCAAGUCUGGCAUCCCGGUGCUAGUUUACAGCGGUGAUCAGGACUCGGUGAUCCCCCUGACGGGCAGCAGGACGCUGGUGCACCGCCUGGCCAAGAGGCUCCGGCUGAACGCAACGGUGCCAUACCGGGUCUGGUUCCAAGGGAAGCAGGUUGGUGGAUGGACGCAGGUGUUCAGCGACGUGCUGUCCUUCGCGACCAUCCGGGGCGCGUCGCACGAGGCGCCCUUCUCGCAGCCGGAGAGGUCCCUCGUGCUCUUCAGGGCGUUCCUCGCCAGCCGGCCGCUGCCGGAAUCGUUCGAAUGACCUGACCUCAACUCAAGAGACAGUUCGUGUUCUUGUACUACCUAGUAGCUAGAGUGCAUGCGUCAAUCACCUUUCAAGGUUGGGAAUCCAAUCAAAAAGGUCUUCGCAAGUGUAAUCAGUUACUCCCUCAUUUCACUAUUAUAAGAUGUUUUGGAUAUUUCGA